UGACAAUAAUGAAGUCUAGUCUGAUAGUUUUAUUUAAUCUAGUGCUGGAGAAACUGGUUUUUGUUUGGUAUUCCUAGUUUUAGGCUUCUAUUUCAAUGGGCGGAUAAUACAAUUUAUCAAUAUGCAUAUUAGACGUUAAAGCCUUAUAACUCGUAACCGACUGACUGGUAAUAAAGCCACUCCAUUCAUUACUCGCCACUAAACCAAGUUUUUGAAAUUAUAGAAAAAUGAAACAAUAUUCUAAUUUAUUUCCUAAUAAAGAGGCUUUUAUUACUUUUGCCCUGUACGUCAUUCUCUUCGUAUUCCAAGGUGUGUUUGUAACCGCAUCAAAAACAGAAAAUGGCGACUAUGAUUACAAUACGACACUCGUGGUUUUCCUAUCAGAACUACUUAAACUGGUUGCAUCGGCAUUUUUAUACACAUACAAGAAAGAAAAUAAACCACAUCUGUUCAAGGCCAUUGUUAUGAAUUAUGAGCUUCUGUUGAUGUACUUUAUCCCAUCACUGUUGUACUGUUUUUACAACAAUUUGGCGUUUAUAAACCUAUCUCACUAUGACCCCACUUCGUACUACAUUCUACUACAGUUCCGCGUGGUACUGACAGCUUUACUCUUUCAGUUUUUGUUUAAGAAGAAACUGGCUUUCAUGCAGUGGAUAUCCUUAGGAAUACUGACACUUGGAUGCAUGAUUAAGAAUUUUGACGCGGCAUCAAUACAAUCAAGAGACGAUACCGAUCUCUGGUCACAAUUAUUCAAUAUUUAUUUCUUAUCCAUUAAUUUCCAAAAUUUCUGCUCAUGUCUAGCUGGUACAUACAACGAAUAUUUGUUGAAAACCAAAGGUUCUAAUGUUGACAUAUUCUUACAAAAUGUGUUUAUGUAUCUGGACUCUGUCCUGUGUAACUUCUUUAUUUUAAUGUUCAAAGGUGAAUUGGGAACAAUAUUUGAAGAUUUCAGUUCUUUAGGCAACAUUUUUGUAAUACUUAUAACCAUAAACAGUGCUGUGGUGGGCAUAGUGACUAGUUUCUUUUUGAAAAAUUUAAAUUCCAUUUUGAAAACGUAUGCUAGUGCUUUAGAGUUGGUAAUAACAGCUGUAGUAUGUUACAUACUAUUUAGUAUUGUGAUAACACCAUUUACUGUGUUAUCAAUUUGUCUAGUCAGUAUCGCUGUUGCAAUGUAUUUUAAAAAUCCUGUAAGCAAUGUCACAAUGAAUUUAAGUGAUGCAAAGGAUAGGGAACCACUUUUAGAAGUAACUUCAAAAUAAGUACAUUAAUUAGAUCUUUAACUAAUUGUCAUAGUUCCUUAUGAAAUUAGAUCUUUUGUAAUUUUACAAGCCUACGGAACCAGUUAUACUGAAUGCAACUUUGUUGUAAAAAAUCAAAUAGAAAAUGAAACAAAACAUAAAAUAAUAUACCUCUAAUUCGCCAUGCUGUCAGGGAUAAGUAGUCCAAAUUCGCCACUUCCACCUUUCAGAUAUGCUAUUUUUUUAAUACCAUCCGCAUCCCAAUGAUUUCACAAAAUAGGUCUGUCGCAAAUUUCUAAUUUUUUUAUUAGAUACCUAGUUGUGUAGGUAUGGAAGUAAACAAUUUGAACAGUAUUAGGUAAUAUACUUAUUAUUAGAUUUUUUAUUUCAAUAUUAAAUUCUAUUGCAGUUAAGUAUAAUUUAAUGAUUUGCAUACAUUUGUGACUUACCACUCAUCAAAUGUCUUUUAGAAUAGGUAACAAUCGAUACAGUGGUAAAUGUAAUUAUAGGAAUUGAUGCAAUAUUAGAUUUUAUAUGUAUCUUAUGGUACCUUUUAAUAUUGAGUGUAUAAGUUUGGUGCCCCACUU